AUGAUGAUUGAGGGCCGGAGACCACCUUCUGACAGUCAAGCAUCAUCUGACGGAUAUGAAAUUGUUAGUGUGGAAGAUACUCAUGAAGAAUUUAGGAAAUUUACUUUUGAAGCAAAUUAUAACUUUCCAAAUAACAUGGUUUCACAUCAAAAAUAUACGAUAUUCAACGUUAUUCCAAAGUUUUUAUUCGAUCAAUUCAAGUUUUUCUUCAACUUCUUUUAUUUAGCAAUUACAUUAACUCAAUUUAUCCCAAUAUAUAGAAUUGGUUUCCUUGUAACAUACAUUACUCCACUCUGUUUUGUGCUAGCUGUAUCAUUUAUCAAAGAAAUGUGGGAUGAAUAUAACAGAUGGCGUCGCGAUCGUGAAUUGAACUACCAAAAAUACACUUUAGUCACACCAGUAGGUCCAGUUCAAAUAAAUUCGAAAGAUCUUCGUGUUGGUCAUAUCAUUUCCGUUCAUUCUGGUGAAAGAAUCCCUGCAGACUUGAUAAUCUUACAAACCUCAGAUGCUAUCGGUUCAACAUUCAUCAAAACAACACAAUUGGAUGGAGAAACAGACUGGAAACUACGCAGAUCAAUACCUUUAACUCAAGCAUCUGCAGAUUUAUUCAACCUUUACAAUGUUCAAUUUGAGAUUGAGUCACCACGACCACAAAUUUACGAUUUCUCUGGCCGUGUACGCAUUGGCCAGCAGACGAUUCCUAUCAGCGUCGAAUCUACAGCAUGGGCAGAUACAUCUGUCGCUUCAGGAAGCAUCGUAGGCGUUGUUGCUUAUACAGGACAUGAAACAAAGCCAGCAUUGAAUGGUGCUCCGACAUCACAAAAGGUUGGAAAAGUAGAUUUAGAAAUUAAUAAUUAUUCAAGUGUAUUAUUCUUCCUUUUAUUCACUUCUUCGUUUAUUUUUACAUCACUUGUUGGUUUCUCAUCGAAUUCUCAUGUUCUUCUUGUCAGAUUUGUACUUUUGUUCUCAUUUAUUAUUCCAAUUUCGAUGAAAUGCAACUUAGAUGUCUCCAAGAUGGUUUACAGCUUCAGAAUCUCUCAUGAUCAAUCCAUUAAAGGCGCAAUCAUGCGAAAUUCAGCUCUUCCUGAAGAACUAGGCCGUGUUGAAUACAUUUUUACAGACAAAACAGGAACAUUGACGAGAAACGAGAUGGAAUUCAAGAAACUCCAAAUCGACAACGUCAUUUUCAAUCAGAACUCAAUGCUAAUAGACAUAGAGCACCUCAAAGCAUUCCUUAGUUUAGCUCUUUGCCAUUCAGUCACUGUUACAGAAGAAGGAUUCCAAUCUUCAUCACCAGAUGAAAUUGCUUUAGUUACACAGGCACAAAGAGUUGGCUACAAACUGUUGAACCAUGAUGACAGAGCAAUAAAAAUACAGAUGCCGGAUGGUAACGUAGAAGUCUUCAAUAUCAUUGCUGUUCUUCCUUUUUCGAGUGUUUGGAAAUCGAUGUCAGUUGUUGUUCAACACGAAAAAUACGGAAAUUUACUCAUCUCGAAAGGUUCUGAUUCUUCAAUCAAAGCAAUGUGUCCGCCUUCAGAAUGGGUCGAUGAAGUUGUAGGAAACCUCGCAAGAGAAGGCUUGAGAACAUUAGUCUUUGCAUACAAGAUCCUUUCACAGUCAGAAUUAGAUGAUUUCAUGCUACAUUACGAAGAAGCAUCAAAAAGUGUCACAAAUCGUGGCCAAAGAAUUUUAGAAAGUUUCAAGUUAAUUACACAUGGAAUGACAUUACAAUGUGUCACAGGUGUUGAAGACAAACUACAAGAAAAUGUCGCCGAAACACUUGAAAGCCUUGAAGCAGCAAAUAUCAAAAUAUGGAUGUUGACAGGUGAUAAAUUAGAAACAGCGAUUUGUGUUGCAUUGUCAAGUCGUCUGUUUUCAAGGGAUGUUGAUUACAAGAUUAUCCAAACAAUGCAGGAUAUAUACAAGAUGCUAGAGAUUGACCAGAACAAUGUUCCUCCUAUUGUCAUUGAUGGAACAGUUCUCGAGCAAUCCAUCGAACAACAUCCUGAUUUAUUCUUGUCAUUCGCUGUCAAAUCUCCUGCUGUUGUUGUUUGCCGUUGCAGUCCAAGUCAGAAAGAAUUAGUCGUCAAAUCAGUGAAAGGAGUUGUCAGUUGUGCAGUUGGCGAUGGCGGAAACGACGUCUCAAUGAUACAGGCAGCAUCAGUUGGCGUAGGAAUUGUCGGAAAAGACGGAAAACAAGCAUCAAUGUCUGCUGAUGUUUCCAUUAACUCUUUCUGUCAUUUGGAAAGAUUACUUUUAUGGCAUGGAACUAACUCUUACAAACACACAAGUAGAUUAAGUCAGUUCGUUAUGCAUAGAGGAGUAAUCAUGACAGCUACACAAGCCAUAUAUUCCUUAUUGUUUAACAUUGUUCCUUCUCCUUUGUACAAUGAUUGGUUGAUGAUGGGUUUUGCGACGGUUUUUACAAACUUUUCCGUUUUCUCGUUGAUUUUCGACACUUUUGUCGACGAACAUACUGUAAUAGCGUUCCCUGAACUGUACCACAAAUGCCAGAAGGGAAGAUACUUGUCUGCAAAGACAUUUAUCGGAUGGACAUUGUUGGCAAUUUACCAAGGUUUCAUAAUUGUCUUCCUUUCUUCAAGCGUUUUUGGUAUCUAUGGAAGAGACACAAGAGACCUCCAAUCAAUUUCAUUUACUUCUAUGAUUUUCACAGAAUUAUGUCUGAUAUGCGUUGAAAUCAACAGAUUUAAUAUACUCAGUGUUUGCGCAGAGAUUCUUUCAGUGACACUAUACUUGAUUGCGAUGUUUAUGCUCACUGAAGCCUUCGACAUCACUUUCAUUUUGACAUGGGAGUUUUUGUUCAAGAUUUUGUUAGUUACUUCCAUUGCAGUACUUCCUAUUGUAGUUAUUGAGCUCAUAUCCAAGAAAUUUGCUCCAACACACGAAGAUCAGCUUAAGAGUAAUGCAAUUUCAGAUUCUAACAAUUUCUUUAUCUUAUAA